CGCUUAGUCACAGUUCAAUCACAAGCUUUUUGUUUGUAUAUACCUCUUGGCCAAAACUUGUGGUGUGCGUUCAACGCUGACAAGGUUCUCCCUUUCAAGCUCACUCAACUGGUUUUCAUUGCAGUCAUCAGAUUACUGAACCCAAGUGAAAUUUACUAGCUUUUCUUUGUGGGUUUAUUCUGAUUGAUCAUUGAUCAAAUUAAACCAUGGUCUCUGCAAUGCUCAAUGGGGCUGAGAACCUCUCACUCAUCAGAGGCAUAACCCCAAACGGGUUGGGUUUCAUGGGGUCAGAUCUUCAUGGGAAGCAAUUUCUGAAGAUGGGUUUAGUUUCAAGUACAAGAAUUUCCAAGUCUUGCACCAGAACCAUUGUGCCCAAGUGCAGCUUCUCAGCUUCUAGGCCAGCAUCCCAGCCUAGGUUCAUUCAGCACAAGAAAGAGGCUUUUUGGUUCUAUAGGUUCCUCUCAAUUGUGUAUGAUCAUGUCAUAAACCCUGGGCAUUGGACUGAGGACAUGAGGGAUGAGGCACUUGAACCAGCUGAUCUCAGUAAUAGGAAUAUGAUUGUUGUAGAUGUUGGUGGUGGUACUGGCUUCACCACUUUGGGUAUAGUUAAGCAUGUGGAUGCCAAGAAUGUCACCAUUCUUGACCAGUCCCCUCAUCAGCUCGCCAAGGCAAAGCAGAAGGAGCCCUUGAAGGAUUGCAAGAUUAUUGAGGGUGAUGCUGAGGACCUCCCUUUUCGAACUGAUUACGCUGAUCGAUAUGUAUCUGCUGGAAGCAUUGAGUACUGGCCAGACCCACAGCGUGGCAUCAAGGAAGCAUACAGGGUCUUAAAACUUGGAGGAAAAGCAUGCUUAAUUGGUCCUGUGUACCCAACAUUUUGGUUAUCUCGCUUCUUUGCUGAUGUGUGGAUGCUUUUCCCAAAGGAGGAAGAGUACAUUGAAUGGUUCCAAAAGGCAGGGUUUAAAGAUGUCCAACUGAAAAGAAUUGGCCCAAAAUGGUAUCGUGGGGUUCGCCGGCAUGGAUUGAUAAUGGGAUGUUCUGUAACAGGCCUUAAACCAGCAUCCGGGGAUUCUCCUUUACAGCUUGGUCCAAAAGAAGAGGAUGUCACAAAGCCUGUAAAUCCGUGGUCGUUCUUUGUGCGGUUCAUCUUGGGUGUCAUGGCAGCAACAUACUUUGUUCUGGUGCCUAUAUACAUGUGGCUCAAGGAUCAAAUUGUACCCAAAGGUCAACCAAUCUGAGAGAGAGAGAGAGAGAGAGAGAGAGAGAGAGAGAGAGAGAGAGAGAGAGAGAGAGAGAGAGAGUCAGAAAAAACAUUAUAUUUCAGCAUCUUUUCGUGUGCUUUUGGUUGGUUUCACUCCUAGUAGGCAGGCAUAGUUGUCCCAGUGUGUGUAUAUGCAGGAUGAGACUGAAUUGUUGACGAGCGCUAAUAAAGUUCCAAUCACAUUUAAAAUUUUUCUUUA